AUGGAGGAACCAGCGUGGAAUUGCAAGGCGGGCGCACUCUCUGGCGGGAACGAUCUCGCGGCGCGCGAAUGCACGCUGGAUGAGGCCAAGGCCGUGGCGAUACUCACCGAAGGCUGCGUUGGAUUCACCAUUGAAUGCAACGCCACUUUCACCGGGAAAAAGUUCGUGUACUUCAAGAGCUCGGCCGGCGGCAACGAUGACCCUGCUUGGCAAACCUGGCUGAUCGAAGGAGGUCCUACACGGCUCUGCAACCACCGCCGCGGUGCAAUUGGAGCAGGAAAUACCAUCUUUGCGCGCGAGUGCGGCUUUGAGGCAGCCAAGGCACUCGCGGUGAGGACUGACGGCUGCCUUGGCUUCACCUUUGAGGGCAAGGAAGCGGAGUUCGAGGGCGAGCGCUGUGUGUUUUUCAAGAGCGCGACCCUGGGCAACGACGACCCUGCGUGGCAAACGUUCGUCGUCGAGCGCCCGCAGUGGUUAGGCAAAUACAUCGAGUUGCUCCCGGCAACAAAGGAGGCGGUGCGGCCUGAAGACACGCUUCCGCCUGUGACGGACUACCUGGACCACCGCCUGACUCUCGACAUGAUUGCGCUUGCAGUCGUGCCGCCGGAUGCCACCGCGGUGCUGCCGCUUCCGAUUGGCGCGUAUCCCUGCGUCACUGACGAGGCAAUUCGGAUUGCGGCGCACGUUGCCAGCCAAAUGUUGCUGCUCACGCCCUUGCCCUUGAGGGAGCGCCUUUGCAAGGGCGAGGCGUGCAUUGGCGUGAUUGGCGUCGAGCAACGCACCUCCGACAUUCCAGCUCAUCGGUUUUUGAGACGCAGGGACACUUUUGACGGCCGAUCGUUCGACGCAGGCUGCCGCGGUGUCGGCGGCCAACCGGGGUGCGCCUGCACCAGCGUCGGAGAGGAGAACCUGCUUAUGCUAGCAGAGGACGGCUUCGGGGAGGAGAGCAUUCUUGUGCACGAGUUUGCUCACGGCAUCAUGAAUCUUGGCCUCACCGAAGAGCAGCACGACGAGGUGGACAAGCUGUACGAGGCGGCGACAGACGACAAGCGCCGUGGCGAGUUGGGGUAUCUCGGCGAGGCAAGCUCCACCUAUAUGCUGCAGAACCCCGACGAGUUCUGGGCGGAAGCAUCACAGGCUUGGUUCGGCGCCAACGCACGGAGGGACGUGAACUGCGGACUGCGCACACGCGUCGAGGUGCGGGCACUGCCGACGCGCGGCGCGUUGAGGCUGCGCUGA